AUGUCUUGGGACGACGAAGACUUUGAUAUCCCUUCUAAGGCUGCCCCAGCUGCCGCUGCUUCUUGGGAAGACGAAGAAGAUGACGAACCACUUUUGGAAGAAUCAUGGGACGUUGAUGAAUAUGAAGUAAAGCGUAAGAAGGCUGAAGCUGAAGCUGCCAAGAAGGCUGAAAAGGAAGCUCUCAAGAAGAAGCAAGAUGAAGCUAAGGCUAAGAAGCUUGCAGGCAAGAACAAGGGUGAACCUGUUCUUCUUGAUGUUGAUCUUAUGGAUGAAGAUGCCAGAGCUGAAGCAUUAAAGAGAGCUCAAAUGACAUCUGAUUUAAACAACGCUGCUGACUUAUUCGGUGGUUUGGGAGUUGCUGGAGAUGAAGAAUUUGAUCUUACCGCACACCCAAGAGAAAGAGCCGCUGCCGCUAAGGCCCCAGUCCAAGCUCCAGCUAGAAUGACCAAGGAUACCCCAAUUGAAACACAUCCUGUCUUCCAACCAACUAACAAAGAAGAAUUUGUUAAGUUGAGAAAGACUUUGGCUCCAGUUUUGAUUGACUUGGCUCAAGACUCCUUGAUGAACUAUUCUUCUGGUUUGGCCGUCGAUCUUAUUAGAGAUAUUGCUGAACCUUUAUCCUUGGAAAAUGUAAGAAAGGUUAUAUCCACUUUGAACAUUGUUAUUAAGGACAAGGAAAAGGCCGAAAGACUUGCCAGAUUGAAGAAGGCUGGUGGUACUGCUACCGGUGGUGCUGGUAAGAAGAAGGCUAAGCCUGCUGUCAAGACCAACGUCAACAGUUCAUUCAAGAAGGAUGUCUUCGAAGACAUGGAUGACAACUUCGACAACUUUGGUGACGAUGACUUUAUGUAA